AUGCGUUUAUUUUUGCUUCUUUUCGCACUUUUCAGAGAUUCCUCUGCAGAAGAAAAUCCACUGAUCGAAAAGGGAAUAUGCUUCGAAAUGCCAGACAGUCAUUUUCAAGUGCUAAAGGCACUGUCUGACAACUGGAAAUGCACGGUGCCCAAGUGUUGCUUCGGCGACUAUACAAUUUGGGAUGGAAGAGUCGAAUGCGAAGUUGAAGAUGAUGCCGAGGAAUUGGGAAUAAUAGACGAUGAGCCAGAAAUAGAAGAGAAGCAAGAAACAGCUCAAGAAGAACAAGGUGAAUCGAAUGAGUCAGCAAAUUCUCAAGCAGAUGCCGAGGUCACACAGGAAACAAACAACGUCUCUAGCGAAGAAAUUUCAAAUGCGAUUCAAUCAGAGAAACAAGUGUCUGCAGAAAACAACUUGAAAGAGAACCAAGAUGGAUCUGACGGACCCGAGGCUGAUCAUCAAGGUGCGGAAAACAACACCGAAAAAGAAGCUUCAUCAUCAGAAAUUAAUGUCGAGGAAACGACCGAAAUCUCUGACGGAGAAGACGAUUCCAAAGAAAUCCAAUUAGAACAAUCCGAAUCGCCAGAAAAUAACGAAAGAGAAGAGAAAGAUGGAUCUGUUGAUCAUGAUCGAGCUCCAUCUCCAACUCAAGCUGCUCAAAACAAUGAUGCAAUGUCAAAGAAAAUCGAUGAAACCGAUCGAGUUGAUCAAGUUGAGGAAAACUUCUCUGACUAUGAUGUUGUCGAGGAAAAUGAAGAAAAAUCGAAAUCUGUUGAUGAUAAAGAAGAAGCUCUAGAACAGAAUGAUGAAACCAACGAAAAUGAAAAAGAAGAGCUAGUUGAAAAGAAAGAUGAAGAGGCUCAAAAAGAUCAUAAGGAAGCAAGUGACGAAGAAACGGCUGAAACUCAAGGUGUGCAACAAGAUCGUAAAAAUGAUGUGACUAACAACAACCAGGAAUCAUCAAGCCCGACCGCAGAUUCCGAGGAAUCAACAAAGCUUUCUGAGAGCGAUAUUCAGUCAAGCACACCUGAAGAGGGCCUCGUUAAUGCACAGAGUAUACAACCGAGCACCAAUGAGAUAAUACGAGACGAAGACAAAAAAGAUACUUCCUAUAGCGAUACUAAAACUGCAGAAGAACCAGCAAUAGAGAGCUCAAGCGCGAUGGAUGUCAGUGGCUUUGAUGACAACUUUGACCCUUCAAUUCACAAGGAAAAUCAUAAGAAAAUCGAUGAUUCUGAAGUCCGCGAGUUGAAAUUUCAACUAGAACGUGCAGAAAGACGAUGUUCUCUCACAGAACAGAGACUUGUCGAGUCACAGGAAAAAUUCCAGGCGCUGGAAGAAAAAUUCGAAACCUCAAAAGCUUCCUAUAUUGGGCUGAGCACACAAAUGAUCGAACUCAAAAAUGAAAACAUCGAAAUGGACUCGAUCAUGGAAGAACUAAAGGACGAGAAAACUGAGCUUACGAUAGCCCUAGAGGUCGCUAAAAAGGCAGCAGAAGAAUUGAAACAGCUCAAAGCGGACAAAGAAAGCGGAGAAGAACAACUGGCAUCGGACAAAAUGCGGUUGGAAAAGGAGCUGAUGAACGGGCAAGCCGAAAUCUCAAGGCUAAACAUUGAGCUGGAGAAUUUUCAAGCAGAGCUUCAGGAACUUGACGGCAGGUGGAAAGCAGAAGUGGAGAACUUGAACGAAGAAAAUGCUCAGCUAAGGAAGAGCUUGGAGCAAUCUUCUCAGGCUAUCGUGGAGUUAGAACGCGCUGCCGGCGAGACUUCUUCAUCUGCUGACGAAAUCGCUGCGCUCAACUCAGAACUAGCCUCGCUGCAGGAACAACUGUCAAGUUCGGAGAAUCAGCUCAAUUCAUUGCAGGAAGAGAAUGCGAAACUCUCCACAGAAGCUGCGGAAUGUCGCGAAGCUGCUUCGACGGCCGCUGCGGCGACUUCUGCCGCCAAAUCAGCCGAGGAACAGAUUCGUCUCAAGUUCGAGAAUCUUGAAAUUCAACUUGAAGAGGCCCAAGAAAAAGUAACGAGCAAAGAUGAAGAGAAAAAAGCUUACGUCGUCUUGAGAUCAAAGUACGACGAGUUAGAAGCAGACCACGAUGCACUCAUUGACGAACUCGAAAAGCUGGAAGCAGAAAACGAGGCACUCAAAAAACUGAUGCCAGCUUCGAACUCCAUUAGUGGCACUAAUGAGCAACCUGCUGGAGAUGUGGCGCAAGAAAACGAACGCCUCAUCAAAAACAAUCUUCAUUUAGCAUCCGAAGUUCAAAAAGUAACCGCCGAGAAUGAUGAGCUCCUGUCGGAGAAUCAGCUCUUGAAAAAGUAUCUCGACGACAUCAACCUUCUUUCCAGCCAAAUGAGUCUCUACACAAGUCUCAAGUAA